CCCAAACGUCCUUCUGCCAUUUCAUUUUCUCCUCUUCUUCUCCAUAAACACAUAAACCCUAAGAGAGAUGUCAGACCUUCCGAUGGAUGUAACCGCCGACAUACUAUCACGAUUACCGGUAAAAUCCCUUCUGCGGUUCAGGUGUGCAUCUAAACCAUGGUGUGCUCUCAUAGACAGCCCCGAUUUCAUCAAAUCGCAUCUCAAUCGAUCCAUCGAAACCAACACUAAUCGCAGCAUCAUCUUUGGAGUUGAAGAUCUCUACUCCAUAGACUUGAAUUCUCUCGAUAAUGCCGUAGAGCUUGACAAUCCUAUGAAGAAUGAUGAAGGAACUUCACUGGUGGUCUCUUUCGAUGGCUUGGUUGUUUUGUGCAAAAAUAUCUAUGAAGACGUCACUCUGUGGAACCCUUCCACUCGAAAACACCGCAAGUUACCGGUCUCAAAGGUUCGGUUCCCGCCUGGAUUCCGCAUUAUCGUUAUUGUUUUCGGGUUAGGGUAUGAUUCUGUCAAUGAUGACUACAAAUUGGUGAGGAUGGCACAGUUUGAGGGCAAAGAUUAUGAUUCGUUUGAUUCUGAAGUUGAAAUUUAUAGUGUUAAAUCGAAUACAUGGCGAAGGGUUCAAGAUUUCCCUUAUUACUUUCCACUCCAGGGUUCACCUGGUGUGACCUUUAAUGGGGCUGUGCACUGGGUUGUGACUCGAAAACCCAAGUCCGAUACGGCCAAUUUGAUUGCUGCUUUUGAUCUAGGACUUGAGGAAUACCGGUUGGUGCCACAAUCUGAUUUUUUUGAUGAGAAUGGUUAUUUGAAUGUUGCUGCCUUAGGAGAUUGCCUUUGUGUUGUUUGUAAUUAUGGUGGAGUACGAGCUGAUAUAUGGGUAAUGAAGGAGUAUGGAGUAAAGGAGUCUUGGACUAAAUUGUUUGCUAUUGCUAAACCAAGUGUGAUUAGGUCAUUCUUUUAUGUGAGUCCUUUGGCCUAUUCAAUGAGCUGUGGGGAAGUACUUUUGAAACUGGGCGGUGGAAGGCUUUUCUGGUAUGACAUAAGAAAGAAAACACUAAAAAAAAUUCAGAUUCGUGGUUGGGAGAGUUUAGUACGAGCUAAUCUUUGUGUUGAAAGCCUUGUUCGGCUUCAUGGUGAUGGUAAAAAGGAUGGUAAGAAGCAGCAAGCACAAAAGAAGACGAUGAAGCAAAACAGUAGAAAGAAGAAAGAUGAUUUCCUGUCAAAGGGUUUCAAGCUGGUGCUUUAAGCAACUGGAAGAGCAAAGGAGCGGAAGGUGCAGAUGUAGGGUAAUAUAUUUUGGUAGUAUUUUUCACAUCAAUACUUUGUUUAGUAUUUCUUUGCUUUUGCUUUAAUUUGAUUAUAUGGGCUAGUUUAACUUUAAUGGUAUUCUAUUCAAUCAUAGAAACAGAGAUGAGAUUGAGUGUUUGAUGCCAUAGGGUUGGGCCAGAUGAGAAGGUCCAAUAUUUUAUAAGCACUUACUCUAUCAUGUUUCUCUCAAGGAGUCGAGAUUGAUGCUGAACUGAUGGGCCAGAAAUUAGGCAUAUUAGAAAGUCUGGUGAUGUAUGGAACGAAAGAAAGAAGCCUAAAGAUUUUGUCUUGCAAUAUGCGGUAUUUUCUCUCUGUUGAAACAAUUUUCUUGUAGUUAAAGAUCUCGUUUUACUUCUGAAA